AUUUCUGGCCAAUGGGGCUUAGGACUGCAAAGGCGGUAGUGAAUCGAUUUCCUGUAAGGAGGACAUUGCGGGAAUUUCAGAGUGGCCGGGGAUUAGUAGAAAUAUAGACGAAGGACACAUUUUACUUGCAAAUACACACCUAAAGAUGCCACCUAAAAAGAAGGCAAGGGCUCCCCCCAAGAGGAAACUGGCAGAAGAGUUUCCUGUUGGAGAAGUGCUGACUGACACCGCAAAGAAACGCUGGAAAUUAGGCCCACCUAUUGGGCAAGGGGGCUUUGGUUUGUUAUACUUGGCAAAGGAAGAUUCGCCUGGAACAGUAGAAACCACUGCUCCAUAUGUCAUCAAAGUGGAGCCAAGUGACAAUGGUCCUCUCUUCUCUGAGCUGAAGUUUUAUAUGAGGGCAGCCAAACCAGAUUUAAUUCAGAGUUGGAUCAAGUCCAAUAAGUUGAAGUACUUGGGAGUGCCGAAGUACUGGGGCUCAGGACUCCAUGAGAAAGCAGGAAAGAGGUAUAGAUUCAUGGUCAUGGACCGCUUCGGAACAGAUCUGCAGAAGAUGUUUGAGCAAAGCAACAAGAAAUUUCCCCGAAAACUAGUUCUUCAGCUUGGCCUGAGGCUGAUUGAUAUUCUGGAGUACAUCCAUGAGCAUGAGUAUGUGCACGCGGACAUCAAAGCCUCUAACCUUCUUCUUUCCUACAAGAACCCUAACGAGGUUUAUUUAGUAGAUUAUGGGCUGGCCUAUAGGUACUCACCGGAGGGCGCAGUGAAGGAAUACAAAGAAGACCCGAAGAGGUGUCACGACGGCACCAUCGAGUUCACCAGUAUCGAUGCUCACAAAGGAGUGUCUCCAUCCAGGAGGGCAGACCUUGAGAUCCUGGGGUACUGCAUGAUCCAGUGGCUCUGUGGGCGUCUGCCCUGGGAGGACAAGCUGCAAGACCCUGUCUACGUCCGAGAUUCAAAAAUCAGAUGCAGAGGCAACAUCUCAGAAUUCAUGUUAAAGUGUUUCCCGUCGGAAAAGAAACCAGAAGAAAUGGUGAAGUUCAUGGAGGAGGUGAAUUCGCUGGAGUACACGGACAAGCCAGCAUAUCAGAAGCUGCGCCGCAUCCUGGAGGCGGGGCUCAAGUCUUUCGGCGCCACUGAUGAUGACAAGCUGGACUUCUCCAUACAGGUCAAUGGAGCUGGCCCAUCCUCGGCAAAGAAGGCUGCUAAAAGGAAGUUAGGGGAGGCCAAUGGGGAAUCCGAUGAAACUGACGGCACUCCUGCAAAAAGAAAACCAGCCCGCGAGAAGAAAGUGGGAAAGAGGGUCCAGAAGAAGGCUUCUCCUCAGAAGGGUCGUGUGGAAAUGGGGACUCAGACCUCUCCAGGUUUGAAACUGAAAAGGGGUAGAGGCAGGCCAAAGAAGAAUGCCUGAGGGCAAAAUUUGGCACUGCUAGUUUGGACCACACUUUCUCUUGUUUGUUUUUAGUACGUUCCUUUGGUGUUUGUUCCUUUUUUCUUUUUAACUUUUUUAUAUACUUCAGACAGCUCGUUCUUAGCUGUAGCCUUUCCAUAAAAUAAUAAAUAACUUAAAGAUCCUCAGAAUGGCAGGUUCUUUCUCUCCCGUGCCGGCUGGAUAUCGGCGUGGAAGGAAAGCCGGUGGGGAUUGCUUUGCGCCGACGUGGAAUCCUUUUCCCGCUCCUUCCCCUCGCCGUACGCUUCUCUUGUUUUGCAUGAAAGCAGUCAUGCGCCCCCCCGUUCCCUCGUCUCGGGGAGGAGCGGGCGGGCUUUGAUGCCCGCGCCCAAGCCGGCAGACAUGUUGCAGGUGCCGCUGAGCCAGGCUUCAGGUCUGCGCCUCGUGCUGUAGCUCUUUCGGUACUUGAUCAAAAAGCAGACAAAGAAGCGUUUGGGUCUGUCGCCCUUCACCCAGUGGCUCCCCCCUGUCGAAAAUACCUGCUUAAGCAAUUCGGUCAUUAAAACUCAAGAUGAAUGAUGUGAUGCUUGCCUUAUAUACCAACUUUACUGUUUUCUUUGUGUUUUUAUAAUGUGAUCCUGAGAUCAAUAAAUAGAUCAAUAAAUAGUAAAGGAAGCUGAAUUAAGUAUGGUUUUCUGUUUCUGCAUUAGAAUGGUAGACCCAAAUUAGCCAAAAUCGGUGAUGAGUGUUAGUCAUCAGAUUCCAGUUCAUCUGUGUGUUUGACACUGCCUUGAACCAGGCUGACAACUCGUGCCAAAUUCCUCAAUGUUUCCAAAUUCAUCCAGAGGAAAAGUAAUUAAUACUCAUGUGCUGAAUCCAAAUUAACAGACAUAAUUUGUGAAAACAUUACUCACAAAUUAGAACAGUUUGUCAAACCUCAGCGUGUAAAUUUGAUGGGGGUGUAUUCACGGUCAAAGCAAGUAAUGUGCAUAAAUCAAGAGAUUAGUCAACUAUGGCCCGAAACAUUUUCUUUUUGUCAAACACUUCGAUGUAUAUUUCAGGAUUAUGACAAGAAGGCUUGUUCACAAAGGUUUGAAAUGUUUAUCGUUGGGUGUGUUCCUCUGAAAGUUGUGCACCAACUCAUUUUGUUAAUCAGCUGAUGUGUGAUUUAAAAUAAAAUACUUUCAAUCUAGCCUUU